UGACACGCCAGAGCUCAUUUAUUUCCCAUGAAUGGUUUGAUCCUGCUAUCAAUAACUUUUUUAAUUUUCAAGCUUAAUAUAUUUGUGCCGUUUUCGUAAUGGGAUCUCCAAUAGAAAGGUAUGGCUAUGGUAAAGGGAUUCAGGGACGAGAUAACUCGUGCUACUUGGACACCACAUUGAUGGCCUUGUUUUAUGGAGGGUCCACCCACCACCGAACUUUUCAUAUCUACCAAGUAAAUCAAGACAUUGAGCCCACAAUUGUUAGUGCUACCAUAACCAGUUUAAGCGUGAUUGUUGCCAACCUUCGAAACACGACUCGAGCAGGAUCCGAACUCAUACAAAAUUUGAGACGAGUUUUAUAUUCUGUAAACUCUAAAAUGAUUGGAGAAAUGAUGGACGUUGAAGAAUUUGUUACCACACUUUGCAAGAAGGGGAUGAACCUCCCCCCAUUUAUCCACUAUCUUGGAGGAAGUUCUAACUACUACCACCAACUUAUACUGGGCCAACCACCAUCGCUCUCGCCACCUGUUGGAAAACUGCAGUCCCUUUUAGAAAUUAGCUUAAGAGCUCAAUCCUUAACCAUUGAGAGCGUUCCGGUUUCGUUAUUUUUGGUAAAAAUGCCACGAGCUAAUGGAAAACUGAUUGGAUACCGGGGCAUAAUUCCACCUCUCAGCCUACGUGUCCCCAUUGGAAGUGGGGGCCACAAGCACCAGGAUUUCCACCUUCAAGCCGUGAUUACCCUUCGAUACUGUCACUACACUUGUUUUAUCCGGUCUAAAAAAGAAUGGGUGUAUUUUGACUCGAUGGCACCUGGUGGGCAGCCGGAAGUAGUUUUUCUAAACGAUAUGGAACAAGAGGUUGAUGCCAUCAAUAGAAUGAAUGCCGAUGAUCCGACGCUGUUUGCAAUAACUGGUAACGACUCAAAAAGUCGGAAAAUGCUGGUAACCCGCCUCUUACCGGAUAUUCACUUUUGCAUCUAUGCCAAUUCUCAGGACGGAAAAGAAUACGGGUUUAUUAAUCCUAACGUUUCUUCAAAUACUCAACAACUUCCACGGCCCCCCACGCAUGACGGGACACCAAAUACAAUUGUGAACAGAAAUCCCGUCACCGUUCCCCCGCGAUCAUCAAGUAUUGUUAAACCGAGACAAGCUAUCGCGCAACCAGGACCGAACCGAGAUCCCAGGGUCGUUCCACCGCAACCUUUGCAACGAGGCGUUGUUAACACGCCACAAACUAUGCCGCAACCACAACUGAAUGUUUCUUCAAAUACUCAACAACUUCUACGGCCUCCCGGGACAUCAAAUACAAUUGUAAACAGAAAUCCCGUCAUCCUUCCCCCCCGAUCAUCAAGCAUUGUUAAACCGAGACAAACUAUCGCGCAACCUGGACCGAAUGUUAGAAAUCCACCCAAUAUUCGGCCACACGCUUCUCCCCAAUCUCAAAUUCAAACCAGAUCAACAUUCCUAUCGAGUAACAGUUUGGCCGCACAAUUUCUUACAAAUUUUCUCCGUGGUGUGGAACGCGGCUUUACAUCAAUAGGAGUGCAAACUACCAAGAUGAUGGAAAAUGUGACACAUUUCAUUACCAUUACCAUAUUCACAUACGAUUUGAACAACAGCAUGGACGAGAUUGGAGAUUUACGCCGACUUCAACCCGAUAGAAUGUCGCAAGUUGAACGGAUCGGUGAAAAUAAGGGAUUUAAAACCGGAAAUGGUUCAAAUUUUGCCCUAGAAUCCCUACUUUUUGCUAUAUUUUCGAAUACACGGAUCAACGAUGAUGUUUAUGUCCAAACACGGUAUGCAGAUUCAAGAACGCGAACAUGUGCUCGAUUGUUGGAAGAAGUUGUGGAUCAACUGAGGUCACCUCCCUUCUUAUGUUCUAAGCGGGCUGUGCCAAAUUUAAUGACCGCGAUGAGGGAAAAGUGUGCAAAAUUUCGCGAAAACAAUAUCGGCGUGGAUAAGACAUUGUCUCUCCUUUUCGCGGAAGUAUUUGCAACUGUUCCAUUUAUCCAGUACGUGACCAGCGGAGCGUUUAUUCAUCACUUGUUUAUAGUCCAGACAGCGACCUCAUCAUCUUCCUUUAAUGGGGUUGCGACCUUGGAUAAGCUUUUCCAUGAAUCAAUGAUUUGUCAGAAUUUGCGAAUUGUAGGAGUUCCUAAUCCUCAAUUGAUUAUACAAAUAUCAAAACCAGCUGGCAAAAUUAUUGGUCCGAGCUGUAUUGUUCCUAGCAUCGCUAUUAAUCUAGCAUUGGUUCAUCAAGAUGGAAAAUCCGUACAUCUGCAGCUGUACGCGAUAAUAUGCGCCAGAUGGGAUGAGCGUAAUACGGAUAGCUGCGAUUUCGUGACAUAUGUAAAAUGGAAUGCGGAUCAAUUAAACGCUUCUUCCGGGAAACAUUGUUGGGUGAAAAUGCGAAGAAACGGAACAGCUUCGUCCGUGAAGCCGUGGCCAAAAUUGGAGAAACUUUUGCAAAAUGGGUAUAAUUCAAGGGAAAUGGAGAAAAUGAGAACUUCCGGUGACAAGGAUUGCAAAGAAUUUAUCAAACUAUGCGAAACUGUCCAUUUAUGUUUUUAUUUGCCAAGUAACCUUUAUCGGUAGGAAGUAUCUGCAUAUCAAAACUUGUCAAUUAUUAUCUUACAAAGGGGGCUCAACCAUGUUCAACCCAGAUUAUUUUUUAACUAUCUUCUUUUGAAAGAAAAACCAUUUAGAAAAAACAUUUACUGCGACACGUGUGCAGAUGCGCAAAAUUCAGCGCGUUACGGGCACCGCAAGUUUGCGAAGACGAUGGGGUUUCAAAUGGAAUCUGUACCUCGCGAUUGCACCUCUGCCUUGCAGCGUCCCUAACAGUGUUAGGCUAACAUUCUGAAUUUUGCGCAUCUGAGCAAAUGUCGAACUACUUAAAUGUUGUUUCUCAAGGAUUUCUCUUUCAAACAGCGAUAGACAAAAAAUAAUCUGGGUUGAACAUGGUUUGCGCCCCCUUUGUUAGUUAUCUUAUCAAUAGUGAUUAUUACCCGAGUGAAAUAUUGCAACCAAUAUUAACUUAACCAUAAACAAUUUCACUUACUUUAAUAAAGUAUACAUACAUAUUCCUGCAUAAAGAUGACAUAUUACAAUUAAAAACAUCCACUUUAAAUCUGAUUUAACGAAAUGGAUUUUUUAAAACAACAAAUCCUCAAGAAAAUCGAUUAUUUGUCUCAAUCUACAAAAAAUUUCCAAUGGUUUUUUAACCUACUCGUAGAAAAUGGCAUACUCCGCGACCACCUUCACUAUGAAAAUUUGUUUCUCACUUGCAGGUACAAGAACGUGACCCCGUCGCUAAAAUGCGUACACUCUACCUUGCCCUUUUGGACAAGAGGGUGCACAUAGAGAUGGAAAUAUUCCUCAUACUUCUCCGCCAAUGUCGGAACGAGCAUUUACUCCCCUGCUUUACUGGAAAAAUUCAGACCAAGCCCAUCGACGUUAAUCCGGUGAAGCCUAAAAAUGUUCAACUUAACUCCACCACGUCCACCACAAAGUUGAACCAACCGAAGAAAAAGGGCGACCCCUUAUCAACCUGGAAACUACCCCCAAAUUCUACCAAUCAACCAUCACUUGAAGACGCCCAAGUAUUUCUUUGCCUCGCAGGACGACGCGGGGCUCUCCACGUUUAUCAAACCUUGCCAAAUUUCGCGAAAACACUGACCACGAUAAAGCUCAAGUACUGCGUGCUUCCUUGGUCGAGCGUGUCGGCUUUUAGUUCCUGUGGUGGAGAUGAACGAGGCGGAAUUUGCAUUGGCGAUGAAGACAUUUCCAUGUCUGAAACGGCUUGCGGUCACAGCCUGUCCAAACACCGUGGUCAGCAUUGAUUCGAUCCCGCUCAGUGUGAAAUCAUUAGCAUUGAAUGUUAAAGGGGUCUGGAUUUAAUUUUACGUGAUGGAUAUACGCAAAGGGAAUUCUGGAGUUUUCGCAAUAUUGGAUGCAAGCAGGCAUGUACAAAACCUUGGAAAGAAGUUCCUUUACGAAGACUGCUUUAUCUGAAAUUCGUAUUUAAAAAAUCGUCGUUUCUUAUUAAAUCUCAAUUAUUUAUUCUAAUUAAAUUAUUCAAGACUUAAAUUUGCACCCUCUU